UGAGAAUAAGAGCGUGGUUUUGGCCAGCACUGCCAUACAACUGCUGGAUGACAGGAAGUCACCUAUUGUUGCUUCCGUUGGGAUUCAGAUGAAGCUGGAUUUCUUUCAGAGGAAGUUCUGGACCGCUAGUAGACAGUGUGCUGCUCUGGAUGGGAAGUGCACCAUUAGCUGUGAUAAUGAGGACAUCAAGUGUUACCUUAUAGACAACAACGGAUUUAUUCUGGUCACAGAGGACUACUCUCAGACGGGGCUGUUCUUUGGAGAGGUGGAGAGUGCUGUUAUGAACAAGCUGCUUCUCAUGGGCUCCUUCAAAAGGAUCACUCUGUAUGACUACCAGGCUCUCUGUAGAGAGUAUGCUGGCAACAGUGACAGCGCACGCUCUUUAUCACAUCCCUUCUCCAUGGUGAAAUGGCUCCUGACCAAACUUGUCAUUUUCCUGCUGGAGUUCAACCUUUACAGCUGGUGGCAUGUUGAUCUCUCAGUCAAAGCCCAAAGGUCGAGGGGAAAGACCAUGAUGGUGCCAUGUGACACGGAGUACCCUGCCUUCGUCUCUGAGCGUACCAUCAAAGAGACCACGGGAAACAUCGACUGUGAGGGCUGUGCCAGAUCUUUUGUAAUUCAGCAGAUUCCCAGCAGUAAUCUCUUCAUGGUUGUCGUGGACAACAAGUGUGACUGCAGCUCUGCCCCCCUGGUUUCCAUGGAUCCCAUCGAGAUUAUGUACAAUGAGUCUCUGAAAUGUGAUAGGCUGAAGUUUCAGAAAGACAGAAAGCGGCCAGAAUCGUGUCAUCCUUUUCACCCCGAGGAGAAUGCCAUGGAGUGUGGAGGAGCAGCAGGCCUCUCUGCCCCCCUUACAGCAGCACUGCUCCCCCUACUGGCCACUCUCAUUAGCAGGUGACCACACCACCCUUGAGGCCCACCGUCCUGGACCCAACACUGGACCUAACACUGGAGAGAUUGAUAGACAGGCGCACCAUCAAAUGCUGACAACGCACAGGGAGCCUCGCCAACAAGAAGAACUUGCUCACAACUAACUGAGUUGCUUAUUACCAACAGAGAGACAGACCAAUUGUAAAGCAUCUCCCUGACCAGCAGAGAAAUAAAAAAUUUGACAUUGUUCAAGAGAAACAGAACAAUAUUCCAAGGGGAAAACAAUAUGGACAUUAGACAGAAAAAAAGAUACCUGCGAGCAGCAAUGAACGGGUUUCACAGGAUGACAGAAAGGACACAAGAUCAGUUAGAUAACAAAGCCAGCCCUCUAUGAUGUAGGAUCUAUCUUCCUUUAUGUGCAGUCAGUAAAAGCAUUACCAUGUUGA